UCUCUCUCUCUCUCUCAUACCCAAAACCUCAAAACAACACCAGAACCAAAAACAGAGGAGAAAAAGAAACCAGAGAGAGAGUGAUGGGGGAUACUUAUGAUCAUUAUUACAAAAAUGCCACUUGUUCUUCUUCACCUUCUGCUUCAGUUUCUCCAGCUGCUGCUGCUCCUGCUGCUCCUGCUCAGCCUCCUUCGACGUCCGACGAAAUCUCCCUUUUUCUGCAGCAGAUUUUGCUCCGUUCGUCUAGUUCUCUGGCCUCGGUGGUGGCCCACACGGGCAAGGCCCCGCAGUUUUUGUUUUCAUCGUCUCCGUCCAUUGCUGCUCUGCCUGAUCAUCUCAGCCGUCCGUGCCACUCUAUGUUCUUAGGGGACGGGAUCACGGCCGUUGAUUCUUCCGCCGCCCUUUUGCAGGCGGGGAAUCCCAAUGUGUCUUCCUCUUCGUUCGGAGCGAGUGAGAAUGAGACGGACGAGUAUGAUUGUGAAAGCGAGGAGGGUCUUGAAGCAUUGGUGGAAGAGGCGGCAGGGAAGCCAGGGUGUGGUCGAAGUUCUUCAAAGAGAAGCAGAGCUGCAGAAGUUCAUAAUAUGUCUGAAAAGAGGAGGAGGAGUAGGAUUAAUGAGAAAAUGAAGGCAUUGCAAAAUCUUAUCCCAAAUUCUAAUAAGACAGAUAAGGCUUCAAUGCUUGAUGAAGCCAUUGAGUACCUCAAGCAGCUUCAGCUCCAAGUGCAGAUGUUAUCAAUGAGAAAUGGCAUGAGUCUGCAUCCUAUGUGCCUACCUGGAGUGCUGCAACCUGUCCAACUCUCCCAGAUGAGAAUGGACCUUGGUGAAGAAAAUAGGCCUCUGCAUUUGGACAUGACAGGCACACUGCUUAUGAACCAGGAAUCUCCAACACAAAAUUUGUUCCAUUUCUCCAACCAAUGCACCGAUGCAAACCAGUCAUAUGUACCAGACAUGUCAAAUGUAGUCAAUUCAGAAACCUCAUUUGAGUUGGAAUCGUCAAUGCAGGCUCACUUGGGACCCUUUCAACUGCCAAACUCAUCCAAGGAAAUCUGUAGGGAGGACAUGUUGCAGCAUCAACAAAUUAAUGUAAAUCAUUCGGAGACGAAUCCUUUAGAAUUUGAAUUGGGAGCAACAGCUAGAGUUUCACUUUCCUCUAACACACAAGUAUCUGAUCCGAAAGGCAGUAGUUCUCUGGGAGCAUGUAUCAAAGGAAGAAACCGGCAGGAAGGUCUACUUUUAAAGGCUAUGAAACAAAAUUUUCAUAUAGAUAGGAAGAAGAAGGGUUGCAAAUGAUAACAUCAAGACUGAAAGAAGGCACAUAUGAUGCAUGUUAAGCUUGGCUACUCUUAACAUUUUGGAUUUGGUGUAGCCACAACUUGUAACAGCUUUUGUAAUUCUCCAAAUUGAUUAGAGCCUCAAUUGCGUGCUCGAAUCACAGGCAUGCCACAAAGCUAACCUGCAAUUGAUGAGUUUUCUCUUCAAUGCUUUGGCAAGGCUUGUUACUUAAUUGGUAGAAGUAGUACAAGGUAGGGAUGAGACAUGUAUGUAAACUCUAUCUUUCCCUUUAUUUUGUGAAUCUUUUUUAUUUGGAAAUUAUCUCCUCAUAUGAAUUAUAUGAAAGUCUUGUUUAUAAAUUAUGACAUCAAGCCUUGUCAAAGCUA